AGCGACUCCACAAUCUCACAAAGACCAUCAACAAAAAGCCAGACGAGUGUCAAGGUGGCUCUGGAGUCUGCUUGAGCCCGAUUGCCAUGAAUAUGAAUCCAUUUACGACUGAAUGCGUCUGUCAGACUGUGGUGCACUUCAUGCGUUUUUACCAUCCCCUUAAGACAUACCCACAGGCGAUUUCGAAUGACGACGAAGGUCUUGAUGAAGACCACGCAUGUAGCCCAUCAAAUGUCUUGCAGAGAAUUCACAGCAAGUCUGGAUGGGGCACAACUGGUGUGCCGCCAUAUGUUGAUGGGAAGGAAGUUUCUUGUGACAACCAGCCUGGCAAUGGCUGGUGCGACCAUGACGGGGUGUAUCAUAAAGGAGACCAUUGAGUCUUAAUGGCUUAUCGG